UGCUGUUUCAAAUAGCAGCUCCCCCCUCCCUCUACCCCCCCUCGCUCCCUCCCUCUCUGCCCGUCUUUCUUUUUUUCUAUCCUUCUUCCUUAGACACUCGCUAGUCACUGCCCACAGCGGUAAUCGGACAAGCCUCAUUCCCGUCCACCGUCCGUCACCCUGCAGAGAUACGGCCCGGCGCUCUGGGCUUUAAAUGCCUAAAAUGAGAGCGAACAAGGCUGCCUUGCAUCUGUAAUUCACGCGUGAGCCUCUCCUUCGGCUGUUGGUAAAGUGCUUUUGGACCUGGAGAGAUACAGCCGGCAUCGGAGAGGCACGGAGCGACAGGAAGGUACCACACUUUUUCAGCAACAGUGGGAAAAGGCACACAGGCUCAUUCAGAUGAUUCUGAUCCAUCCGGUUCCAGGUCUAUGGAAAUGCAGGAUCUAACCAGCCCACACAACAGAGUCAGUGGAAGCAGUGAGUCCCCCAAUGGUCCAGGUCUCGACAACUCGCACAUCAAUAACAACCCCAUCACCCCAAAUGGCACAGAAGGUGAUAACAUCACCAUGCUCGCCACAGCCGACUGGCUGCUAGCUCCUAGUGCGCAGGACGCUUCAGUUAAAACAGAACCAAUGAGCAGCUCUGAGAUCACCACCUCCACAGCUGAAGGCUCUCUGGACAGCUUCUCGGGAUCAGCUAUUGGAACUGCUGGCUUCAGCCCAAGACAAGCGCACCAGUUCUCCACACAGCUCUAUCCUUCCAACCGGCCUUACCCGCACAUUCUACCCACCCCCUCCUCCCAGAACAUGGCGGCGUAUGGGCAGCCUCAAUACACAACGGGGAUGCAGCAAACCACUGCCUACGCCACCUACCCUCAACCUGGCCAGCCCUACGGGAUCCCAGCCUACGGUGCGUUGUGGGCAGGCAUCAAGACUGAGGGCGGCCUGGCGCAGGCCCAGUCUCCAGGCCAGACCAGCUUCCUGAGCUACGGAUCGGGCUUCAGCACGCCACAGACAGGACAGGCCCCCUACAGCUACCAGAUGCAAGGAAGUGGUUUCACGACGACGGCGGGCCUCUAUACGGGCAGUAACUCCCUGACAAACUCCAGCGGCUUUAACAGCCAGCAGCAGGACUACCCGCCAUACCCGGCCUUCAGCCAGGGCCAGUACCCUCAGUAUUACAGCAGCUCCCCGUACCCCUCCCCCUACAUGACGGGCAACAACACCAGCCCCUCCACCCCGUCCACUACAGCCACCUACACGCUGCAGGAGCCCCCAUCCGCCGUCACGAGCCAGGCCAUUACGGACCCCCCGGCCGGAGAGUACAGUACGAUGCACAGUCCAUCAACUCCCAUUAAAGAUUCAGAUUCAGAUCGAUUGCGUCGCUCCUCGGACGGAAAGUCACGCGGCCGGGGCAGGAGGAACAACAACCCAUCCCCCCCACCGGACUCCGACCUUGAGCGAGUUUUCAUCUGGGACCUGGAUGAGACCAUCAUCGUCUUCCACUCCCUGCUCACAGGGUCCUACGCCAACAGAUACGGACGGGACCCGCCCACAGCUGUGUCAUUAGGACUAAGAAUGGAGGAGAUGAUUUUCAACUUGGCCGACACACAUUUGUUCUUUAACGACCUGGAGGAGUGUGACCAGGUCCACAUCGAUGACGUGUCGUCCGACGACAACGGCCAGGACCUCAGCACGUACAACUUCAGCACGGACGGCUUCCACGCCGCGGCCACCAGUGCCAACCUGUGCCUGGCCACCGGUGUGCGCGGCGGUGUCGACUGGAUGCGGAAGCUCGCCUUCCGCUACCGGCGGGUAAAAGAGAUCUACGGCACCUAUAAGAACAAUGUUGGAGGUCUCCUCGGUCCGGCCAAACGGGAAGCCUGGUUACAGCUGAGAGCGGAAAUCGAGGCCCUGACCGAUUCCUGGUUAACUCUGGCCCUCAAAGCCCUGACGCUGAUCCACUCCAGGUCAAACUGUGUGAAUAUUUUGGUGACCACAACGCAGCUCAUCCCUGCCCUGGCCAAGGUCUUACUCUACGGACUGGGGAUCGUGUUUCCCAUCGAAAAUAUUUAUAGUGCAACGAAAAUCGGCAAAGAGAGCUGUUUCGAGAGGGUCAUCCAGCGCUUCGGAAGGAAAGUUGUUUACAUUGUCGUGGGAGACGGAGUGGAAGAGGAACAGGGCUCCAAAAAGCACAACAUGCCUUUCUGGAGGAUCUCCAGCCACUCUGACCUUAUGGCUCUCCACCAUGCUCUGGAGCUGGACUACUUGUAGCGCCUGCGGCAGACAGCCCAGAAACCUCCACCUCCCCGCCCUGCCCCGGACCCCCACACUUCCCCGCCCAGCCCGUGCCCGCCGCCCCGCCCCCGCUGUGCUGCCUCGGCUCAUCUUAACCCCUGACCUUUCCCUAAACGGAGGACGGUGAAUUAUGGGCACGCAGCUGCUGGCCCCAGUUACUGUGAAAGGGCUCCUUGGAAAAGCCAUCAGGAUGUUUUAUGGCCUCGCCUGAGCUGGCUGGGCCGGGCCGAGCCGGGCCGGGGGUUCGCACCUGUGACCAGACGGGCUACUGGCCCCGCCUGGCCCCGCAACACUCCAACCCCCCCCCCCUACGGCACAGAGACACGGGGCCCGCCGGCCUGCUCGUGGCAAGAGCCCUCCCGGGCACCCCCGCCCUGGGCACCCAUGCAAAUUUUAGAGCUGAGGGCAUGUGAACGACAGCGCCCCCUAAAGGUACUUCGUCGAGAGACUCGUGCCUUUUCACAGUGCAAAGUACUUUUGAUCCUAUCAAGAAGAAAUUCUUUAUGGAAAAUGGUUUUCUAAUAAUUUAAGAUUUAAAAAAAAAACUUUAUUUACAUUGCUGAGACAAUCGUGUACAGAUGAGAUCCUUUUGUGUGUCUAAAUUUGUAAUCACUGGAUUACCCUAACCCUCUUCAUUUGUUAGGUCUGUGCUAUUGAACGAUGCCGAUGUGUUUGAAGGCCUCGCACCCAGCCUGUGCUAUGCCUUAAAGUGUUGAUGUGCUUCACAUUCUCCUCCAUGGUAUAAAUAUGUAGAUACAGGAUUUGUGAUAACUUGGUUUGUCAAGACCAAAAGAGCAUGGAUGUCAAGUGUCAAUCAUGACUUUGUUUCUGUUCGGGUCUGUCUUUCUCCCACAACUCUCUCUCUCUCUCUGUCUAUCUAUACCUUUUUUACGGCCUUGAGGUUCUGCUAAAAUGCAAACCCGUCAGAGCAAUUUGCUUUAACGUGACGUGUGUUUUUGAGUUUGGACUUCGCUGAGGGUGUCCUCUGCCCUGUGCUGGGUCUUCGGUGAAGAGUCAGCAGAACUGAACACCAAAGUAAAGGAUGGAAGUUGCCACAUCCAUACAUGGUGGGAUCAUAUAAACUGAAAACGAGUAUGAUCUCACAAAUCUCAUAUACAAAUGUAGGUGUCAUCCUUUCACCACCAUUGUAACCAGUGUAACUAGUAUUUGAACUAAGACUAAACCUCAUCCUCUUUAGGAAAAAGUCACUUUUUUUUAACAAGCGCUACCACAGAGUCUUGUUCACCAAUUGUUUUUUAUGAAGUAGUCUUUUUAAGAAGUCAUGUUAAUUUUGAUUUUUAAAUCGUAGUCCUUGUCCAUUUUGAUCGCAGUAGUUUAAAUUCGUACAGUCCUAUAGUUAACCUUCCCUAACUACCCGAUCUGGAUUAACCGUGUAUUCGGACCUCGAGGUCGAGAACACGAACACACACACACGAGCACGUACAUACACGAACACACACACACACAUGCACAUACAUACACGGUCAACCAAACAUACACGCACGUACAUACACGAUCACACACGCACGCACGUACAUGCACGAUCACAUACGCACGCACGUACAUACACGAUCACACAUACACACGCACGUAGAUACACGAUCACGUACACACACGAACGCGCACUCGCACCCGUGUGCUCUACAAUGUGAAUUUCCCCUAAGAGGCGUUUGCUUGGCGUCUCCCUCGUCACACACAAACACCCGGCAAACUGCACCGGACUUUCUGGUUUCUCUCCUCUGAAAGCAACUGCUCCCCGGCGUGGGGGCGUCAUAUUGCUGCUAGAUCAAGGUCACCAUAGGCAAUGAAACGUUUUUUUAGAUAUUUACGGCGAGCUUUUUAUGUUGCAAUCAUAAUGCAAACUGGAAAAUUUACAUUACUGGGGCCUCAUUGUUAAACAAAAAGUUUGUUGUGUCUGCAAAAAGAUGUGUACAGAUUUUUGACUUUAUUGUUUUGUGUUUAAAUUAAUAAAAUUGAUUUGUGAACUGUA